AAGCGCACUGUUUGAAUUUUUGCGAUGCUCUUGUGAUGUGUUCUAUUUAUGUGGUUAUGACACAAUAAUUAUCCGUAUCACAGGGGAAUUAACUUUCCUACAUGAACGGAAAAAGUUCAACCAGUGCAUUUUCCGCUUUCCAAGUAAACAGCCAAGAUGUCUGGGACGCCGACGAUGGUGAAUACAUGCGUAUUAUUUCUUACAGAGGUAUGUUCUUUGUUGGUUGGGUUGACGGUUAUAGCUGCCGAAAAAGCAGCUCAGAAAGUCCUGGAGUCUCACAAGAAUGAAAUUCUUGCCGGGCGGAGGAGUGCCAUUAAUUCGAACCGUCUUGAUGCACCUGUUAUUCCCUCUGUGAGUCGGCCGGAGUCUGCGUCAACCGGAAGUCCUUUCUCAAAACAUGCACCUGGUAUGGGUGUUAGAUUACGCGCCACCCCCGAUGAUCGGCCCACAAUGCAUCAACGCCUUUUGGACCGUGGCCGGGCUCAGCGCUUUCGGACUUGCAUUAGUGCUCCCAUUACCGAACUAGUUACCUUGCGCCAGCUUGCUUGGUCCGGAGUCCCUAGUGACUUGCGUCCCAUCGUAUGGAAACUGUUGUGUAACUAUCUUCCUGCUAGUGAGGAACGAAGGGUCUCUGUGUUGGCAGAGAAACGCAGACAAUACGCAUCAUUUGUGGAGCAGUAUUUCCACUUGCGUGAACAACCAUCGUGCAAACCAAUGUUCCACCAAAUUCAGAAGGACCUCACUCGCAUGACCUUACUCUAUCGAAGACCAGAUCUCUUGGCGAUGUUUGAAAGAAUCCUAUUCAUCUGGUCCAUGAGGCACCCUGGUAGCGGCUACGUUCAGGGUAUCAAUGAUCUCCUCACCCCGUUUUUCGUUGUAUUUCUCGCGGAGUACACUCGUGUUGAUUUAAACACGUCCGGUGAAUUGAACUUGCAGUACGAAAUCAACGCGGUUAAGUUGGACGAGGUGGAGGCUGAUGUGUUUUGGUGCACUUCUCACCUUUUGGACACAAUUCAGGACAACUACACGUUCGCCCAACCUGGCAUACAGAACAACGUAUCCAUGCUUGCCAGUCUGAUUGAACGCGUCGACUCCACGUUACAUCGCCACUUAGCCGAACACCAUGUAGAGUAUUUGCAGUUUGCUUUCCGAUGGAUGAACAAUCUCUUAAUUCGUGAACUUCCCCUUCGUUGUGUCAUUCGCCUAUGGGAUACCUACAUGGCCGAGCCAUCCGGGUUUUCAGCAUUCCACGUCUAUGUCUGCGCCGCCUUUUUGCUCCAUUUCUCGGGUGAACUACAACGUCAGAAAGAUUUCCAGGGCCUGAUGAUGUUACUCCAACACCUACCCACCUACCAUUGGACUGACGAAGAUAUCAACCUGGUGCUGGCAGAAGCUUUCCGAUUACAGUCUUUGUUUGCCUCUGCUCCGCGGCAUUUGGAUUACCGUCGCCAGUCAGAGUUGGAUUGAUCGUCAUCCCGCUGGAGGAGUUUCAGGGAAUCCGGGGGGACCAUGUGUGCCUUAUAACGCUUGCCCGUAUUUUCUGUAUGUGACUAUCCGAAUACCCUCUCUAACUAUGCUCCCAGGGGAUUUUGAAUUGCUCUGCGAUGUAUGUUUGAAUACCUUUGAAAAACGAAACCACUCGCCUGAUUCUCAACUUUGGUGCCCCCUGAGUGGAACGGGGUCCACCGUUUUGUUUUUGUGAUCUGAGUGGAUCUAGUUGGUCUCUCUUGGAUUUCGUUGCUGUGGUUGUCGUAACAUCCAUUGAAAUUGUUCUGUUGUUUCUCCCUCGCUCCUCGUAAACAGUCUUUCACAGAGCUGUAUUCUUCAUAGCCUUCCAAAAUAGCUUCUCUGGGGUACCAGCCGAAUCGUGAUCAACAAAGCCAUUUCUUCUAAACCGUGUCCCGGCCUGGACUUUAAUCAUUUGCUUUGAGAUCUAGUGUCUUGUCUGUCAUUACUCUUGGUCUAUUCCGAAUCUGGGACACAUUUUGGAGAUAUUGUAUCUACGCGCCUGCUGUGUCCUGCUUCAUGAGUGUGCUUCGAACUUUGCCAGUUUUUUCUCUGUGUGCAGUUCCUACGGAAAAGUAAACAGAGUGAUG